AUGACAUUAGCGUGGACUUCUAAGAAACUACACUUACUUCUGAAGCAUCGAACCCCUCGCCUACUUGGGCUUUUUCACGUCUCAAAGCUGUCCAUCAGUAUGAAUCAUGCGUGGCGCAGGCACCUUACGUGCCCAGGAAUCACUCACAUCGAUCCUGUUUUGACCAUGUCUACUCGUCUGAAUCCUCCAUUCCGCGCUGAGCAUAUUGGUUCUCUCCUCCGACCGGCUAAACUUGUCGCAAAACGGUUCGAGUUUGAGACCGGGGCAUGUUCUGCAGAAGAGCUCAAGGCUGUCGAAGAUGAAAGUAUUCCUGCAAUCGUGAAGCUGCAGCGAGAGGCAGGCAUGAAGACGAUCACGGAUGGCGAAAUGAGGAGAGCUGCAUUCUACCAGGGCAUGUUUGAGAAGCUCGGCGGCAUGGAGAUUGUUCCCAACUGCUCGCUUACCACUUUCAAGUCAUAUAUUCCUUACGUGGGCAUCUUUCAUGCCAUGGGACUGACGGAGUAUUCCUCGAUAUACUGCAAUGGCAAGAUCAAGAGGACCGAGGGUGUUCACACUGAUGACUUCAAGUACUUGAAAAGUUUGGUCUCUUCGGAGGUCGAACACAUCAAAGUGACCAUUUGUGGGCCAACCUGGAUGCAUCUCCGUCACGGAUCUGAUCACACGUAUGACAAGUCCGUGUAUACGAACGAUGCGCAGUACUUCGCUGAUCUCAUUCAAGCGUAUCGCGAAGAAAUUAAAGAACUGUACUCACUCGGUUGUCGCAACGUUCAGUUCGAUGAUCCAACGUUCUGCUUCUUUUGCUCAGACUCCAUGAUUACCGGCAUGGAACAAGCCGGCGUGGAUCACGAGGCGUUGCUUCGCAUGUACAUCGAUGUUUUCAAUGACAUCACCAAAAGUCGUCCAGCCGAUCUCACUAUGGGAGUCCACAUGUGCAGGGGAAAUUUCAAGGGAAUGCAUUACACGGCAGGAGGUUAUGCACGUAUCUCUGAAACGCUCUUCAAAAGGAUGGACGUGGACUGUUUCUAUCUAGAAUUUGACGAUGAUCGCUCUGGUGACCUCAUGCCCUUGCGUUACCUUCCGCCAAACAAAACUGCUGUACUGGGGUUGAUCACCACGAAGAGGGGCACUCUCGAGAGCAUUGCGAACUUGAGAGUUCGCGUGGAGGAAGCUGCUGAGAUCAUAUCACAGGGAGAUCCUAAGCGGCCGAAGAGCGACGCGAUGAACCAACUGUGCCUCAGUCCGCAAUGCGGUUUUGCUUCUGUGUUCGAAGGUAACCCCAUCUCCGAAGAGGAGGAGCGAAAGAAACUCGAGCUGGUGGUUGAGGCCGCGAAGCAAAUUUGGCAGUCCUUCCCUUAG